CCCCCCUCCACUUCCCUGCCAGUCUCUACCUUCUUUCGCCCCCCCCCUCCUUCCCCUUCCGUCCCAACUCGCACACACAAACCAUGACUGUCCUCCCCACCGACAGCGCGCAUCGCGAGCCGGAGGGUGCCACCACCCCGACGCUUGGCUCGCGCGAGUUCCCCUCGGAUAACGAGGACGAGUGCCCGGAUCUCGAGAGCGCCGAUGCCCCGAUCAGCGCCCCGUCCUCCGCUGGCGCCGGCAGCCCCAGCGAUGAGGAGCUUGGCGAUGAGGCCUCGGACUGGUCCGACUGGGAGGCCGACGAGCAGGAGCUUUCCGCCAUGGCGGUGGCCUGCCUCUUCUGCCCGGCGCGCCUCAGCGAUAUUGAGCUCGCCAACGAGCACAUGGCCACCGAGCACGGCUUCGAUCUGCGGGGCCUGAUCGUGGAGCACAGCCUGGACUUCUACACGGCCUUCCGUCUGGCCAACCUGGCGCGCAAGCACCAGGUCGCCCCGUCGUCGGACCUGCCGCCGAUCGCCGUGGCUUCGGUCCGCGACACCGAGGACCAGAGCCUUCUUCUGCCGGUGGUGGCCGAUGACAUGCUUCUGGUGUUCCUCAGCGAGCUGGUGGACUUCGACGCCAUGGAGGCCGGCGCGGUUGCCUCUCAGCAGGAUGCCAUCCUCGCUUCGGUCAGCCCGGCCGAGUUGCUUGAGCGCCUGACCCUGGCCGAGCGCCGGAACCAGGAGCUCCUGGACAGCCUGGCCUCCUACAAGGAGAUGGCCGAGCGGGCCCUGAAGAAGCAGGACCUGGCCGCGGCCACCCUGACCGGCCCGGGGUCCGAGCAGGAGCAGCAGCAGCUGGCCGACACGCUGUCCCCGCUGGCCCUCGGCCAGCAGGACCGUGACUACUUCGACUCCUAUGGCACCUACGAGAUCCAUGAGGAGAUGCUGCGGGACACCGUUCGCACCGAGUCCUAUCGGUCUUUCAUUGAGGACAAUGCCCACCUCAUCCGCGACAAGAUUGUCCUCGAUGUCGGCUGCGGCACCGGUAUCCUGUCGAUGUUCGCCGCACGCGCGGGUGCCAAGCACGUCUACGCGGUCGAUGCCUCGUCCGGUGUGAUUCCCUUCGCCCGUAGCAACAUCAAGGAGAACGGCUUCGAGGACAAGAUCACCGUCAUCUUCGGCAAGGUUGAGGAGAUCAGCCUCCCAGUUGAGAAGGUGGAUAUCAUUAUCUCCGAGUGGAUGGGCUACUUCCUGCUCUUCGAGUCCAUGUUCGACUCGGUGAUCGCCGCUCGUGACCGCUGGCUUGCUGAUGACGGCCAUGUCCUUCCCUCGCAUGCUCGGAUCUUCCUUUGUGGCGCUGGCCCAUCGGUUUGGGCCGGCCGCCGGGAGUUCUGGUCCGAUGUCUAUGGCUUCAAGAUGCCCGCCAUGUGGAAGCGUAUCUCCAGCCUCCCUAGCGAUCAGGUUCUGCCGGCCGAUUGCAUCGCCACCAAUGAGGUGGUCAUCUUUGACAUGAACGCUCGUACCAUCGGUCUCAAUGAGAUCGAGUUUACCCACCGGUUCUCCCUCACGCCCAAGGUCCCCGGCACCCCCCUGCGCGGCCUGUGCGGCUUCUUUGACAUUGAUUUCUGGUACCGCGACACUGCCGGUGCCCAGCAGGUGUCCUUCUCCACCAGCCCCGAGGCCACGACCACGCACUGGCGCCAGACCUUCCUGCCCUUCUCCCAGGACAUCGUCCUGCCGGAGGGCGUGGCCUCGCUCGACGGGCAGAUUUCCGUCCGCCGGCAUCCGAAGAACCCGCGCGAGCUUCUGGUCACCGUGGACCUGGACCCGAUCGGCGACAUGGCCCCUGCGCAGACCCUUCAGUUUGACUACUAAAUGCACCGCCGCCGGCCGCAUGCCGACAUGUGUGCCCGCACGCGGCCCUCCUCCCCAGGAGGGCCGCGUAGAGGAGGACAAAAAGGCCGAGGGCCCUGCACACCUACCUCGUUCCCUCGGCCAACCUUCCUUUUCAAAGCUCACCAUCCUCUCCCAUUGUUUAAUGCCACCCUGUCCACAACAAAGCACCUUCUCCGUAGACAUCUCUCCUCCGCCGGCCAGGGGGCGAGAGCACGCAUCCACAAAGGAUCAACACACGUUUCCUGGGCAGUCCCCCAGUGCUCGG